AUGUCAAUAUUAUAAUUAAAUGAUAUUUGACAAUAAAGUGGAAAAAAAUCCCGCUAAAUAUAUAAAAUAUUGUCAUCGAUUGUGUAAAGAUAAAAUCUUGUGAUAAAUAUUGUGUAAGAUAUUUGAAAAUAAAUGAACUAAUCAAAGUUGGACUUUUUGUUCGUUAAUAUUUCAUAAAAUAAAUUAUUUUUCACACAUAGACCUAACAGUUGUUUUUUCGAGUAUACCAUUCUUGCUGGCUGUAUAACAGCAAAUAUUUAAACAAGUGAAGAAAAAACGACGUAGCGUACAAAUAUACGACAAAUAUCAAUUGUUGGGGGCUAAUGAGGAGUAUCAAUAAGUGAUGCUUCUUCUAGAUGUAAGCACAUGCUACCAUAUUAUUAGGCAGUGUAUAUUGUGAAAAUUGUCUAUGAUGAAAUUAAACGUGAUAAUUUUAUUUUUCUUUAUUGCACAGGCGUCGUCGGCAUCGUUCUUUGAAGAGUUUCGCGGAGCAAUGAAUUCUGUUCAAGAUAGUUUUGGUAGGCUUAUAAGUGAUGUAUAUACAGAUGUGUCGCAAACGAUUGGUUGUACAAUAUUAGCAGUAAAACAAGUACUUGCUUUUGAUAAAACAUUCAAUGAGUCUUCAGACUACAAUCGCAGAUGCGGGGGUCAGACACGGCCUGUCACUCAAGAACUUCCAAAACUGGAUAAAAAAAAUGAGGCAUAUAGUUAUAUAAACAGUAUAAAUGCUAAUCAUGAAUUAGAAAAUAUUGAAACGGAAUUUAAAAGCGAAACUGAUCGGUUAAUGACAAUAAGUUCUCUGUUAAAACGUGAAGUGGAAAACAUUUCAAAAGAUUUAAAAUUAAAUAUUAAAAUUGAGCCUGAACCUCAAGAACCUAUUAGGAGUAUUUGGCAUAAUUUGAAAAUCUUGCACGAUGUUGAACACAGCUAUAAAAAUUAUGCCCAUCUUAGUGAAAUACAACACGUACUUGAUGAAACUCUAAAUAUAAUGAAAGUAAAUAGUAUUGAUGCGAAUGAAUCAGACGAUGAUAAAAUUCAAACCAUCGUUAAAGACUUAGGAAAGAAUUCAAAACACGUAUUAACCGAGGUAGAUGACCAGUUCGCCGAGUGGAAAAAAGAAGAAAAAAAUGAAAACAUGCGAAAACACGAGUCUCUUUCAAAUGAUAAAAAUAAAAAUGCAUCGAAUAUAAAUGUAAGUGAAAUUAUUAAAGAAAAUAAAACUGACUCAUCUACCGUUUCUCCUAUAUCAUCUACGACUACGACACCUUUACCAGAGUUCGAAGCAUUUGAAAACUACGUUCUUUCUCAACUUGGCCCAAAAGAUAGUGAAGAUAAAAAGGCUGCCUUGGAAGAAGCGACGAAACUAAUCAAAGAUAGUAAAUAUCGUAAUAAAGUGUUUGAUAGUUUGGCAAAAGCCGAAAGUACAAGCACUGAUUUGUUUGAUCAUCCUGAACUAUUCAAUUUCGGUACAUAGAUAACUUUAUUUGUAUAUCGAACUGUAUAGUGUAUAAUAAUAGUAUUAUGUUAUCAAAUUAUGUACUGACCGUGACGCCUAUGUAUCAUGACAUUAUUUGUGUUCAAGUUAAAUAAUAAGUAAGUACAGUAUUGUUAUCAAUGGAGAAAUUGAAGGAUUGGUAAUU